UCCGACUCAACUUCCGUGGUGGGAGUGACAGUUGCUGAAGCUGUUAUGGCCUCCUUGGCGCGGCUGCUCUUUAGCUCGAGCCUAGGCCGCUGCCAGCACACGAGUCUGCCGGCCAGCGCUGUCGCCCUCCUCUUCGGCAGGUGCCUAGGCCGGCGACCGCAGAGCGUCUCGUUCUGUGCGUCGGUCUCCCGGAUGGAAGCUCGCGUCAACUUUUCUCCCGUCGGCUGGAGCCUCUUCGAUGAGCCGCUGGCCAUCUCGGUGGAGGGGCUGCGUCCCCAGGUGGAGGUCACCCUCCGGGCGUCGCUGCAGGACGACACCGGGGAGCUCUUCGAGUCGCAUGCCGUCUACAAAGUAGACAGCAGCGGGCAACUGGAUUUGAGCCGCUCGCCGGCGCUGGAAGGCGGCAGCUUCUCCGGCCUGGAGCCGAUGGGGCUGCUGUGGUCGCUGAAGCCGCACAGGCCUUUUCGGCGCCUGGUGAAGCGCAACGUAGAGCAUCCCUUCCGCCUGGAGCUAGAAGUGCUGGAAGGUCACGGCGACCCCCUUCCAGGCAACGUCCUAGCCAAGGGCGCACAUGAGCGGGGCUUCGUGCGUGACGGUGUCGAGAGGAUCCCGGUGCGGGAAGGGAGGGUGAGGGGCACGCUUUUCUUGCCCCCAGGUGAUGGCCCCUUUCCUGGAAUCAUUGAUAUUUAUGGAACUGGAGGAGGACUCCCAGAAUACAGAGCCUGCCUGAUGGCCAAUUACGGCUUUGCUGGGUUAGCAUUGGCCUAUUAUGGCUAUGAAGAUCUCCCUAAGGAUAUGAAGGAAUUCCAUCUGGAGUAUUUUGAAGAAGCUGUAAACUAUAUGUUGAAACAUCCAAAGGUUAAAGGUCCAGGAAUUGGACUGCUUGGACACUCGAAAGGAGGUGACCUCUGUAUCUCCAUGGCCUCUUUCUUAAAGGGCAUCACUGCUACAGUCACCAUUAAUGGUACCAUAGCCAAUGUGGCUGCAACACUGCACUACAAGGAUAUCACCAUUCCUCCUCUUGGUGCCAAUCUAAAGCGGUUGAAAAUGGACAAGUCUGGGACUGCUGAUAUUGUGGAUAUCCUGAACAACCCACUUGAGGGCCCUGACCGCCAAAGCUUGAUUCCAAUAGAGAAGGCUGAGGGAUGUUUUCUCUUCAUUGUAGGUAAGGAUGAUCACAACUGGAAGAGUGAAUUCUUCGCUGUUGAAGCCUCCAACCGGCUGCAGGCUCAUGGAAAAGAAAAACCUGAGAUAAUUUGCUAUCCUGGAGCAGGGCAUUACAUUGAACCUCCUUAUUUUCCAAUGUGCCCAGCUUCAAUGCAUCUGUUGGUGGGCAAACCAGUGAUUUGGGGAGGGGAGCCCAGGGCUCAUGCUGUAGCACAGGUGGAUGCUUGGCAGCAGAUUCAAGCCUUCUUCCACAAACACCUCAGCAGGAAACAAGGUGAAGGACAGAGCAAGCUGUGAGAGCUGUGGUUAGGAGAGAUGUUUUAUCAGAUAAGGGGCGUGUGUCUUCCUAAGAAAAAUGUUGAGAAUAAAAGAUAAAUCCUGGAUGUGACUUGUACAUACAUGUACACAUGUAUAGGAGUCUCUGAAGUGAUGGGGUCAAUGGCUUUUUUGUUGUUCUUUAAACGUUGUGCUUUUGUUCUGUUCAACUAUUCUGUAGACUGGGAAUGGCACAAUGCUGAUAGAGAUGCAUGGAGUUCUAAAGGUGUUUUGGACAUAAGAGGAACAACUGAACAUACUACUAGCUGAGAUCGCUAUAAAGAUUAAGUAUGCAGGAAUGUGCCACCUUUUUGUCCAAGUUGUUGUCUCCACCCCCAGAAGAGAAAGAGGAGUAGGUUUAUCCUUUCUUCUAGGACUCUGAACAUUUUGCUGCUGCUUUUUUAUAAGUGUAUAGCAGCACUUAUAAAAUAAUUAGUUGAGCUUGCUGUGGGAAGUGGAAUAUUGGGGUGUUUACUCAUUCCUUAAACAUGAUGGUGGAGAUAACUCUACUCAGCUACUUGAAAUGGACCUUUUUCUAGCCAGCAGAUCUACUGCAGCCCUUGCGAGAGCAGAUCUGUUAGCUGGAAGGGUCUAAGCUUCAAGCAGAAACUGGAUCUCUCCCUGCCAGGAAAAAAGGUCACAAGUAAGUACCCUCAACUGCUACUCCUGACAGAUUGUGGUGCUUGCACAAUGAUUUCCAUUAUCUUUAGAUAUUGCAGAGGAGGUACUUGACUCAGGUUGCAGCAUUUACUACACCAAAUUUUCUCUGUAUAUAUCCCAUGGAGAAAAGCUGGCAUGAACACACUAUAGAUUUUAUUAUUGAACAGAUUGCACGGAGGAUUCCACUACUAAACUACUAGUAGUGAAUACAUUUUGAAAAAUCCUAUUUCACAGUGCUGACAGAAGAUCCACCUGCCUAAGAGUGACACAGUGUUGCAAGGUUGGCACAACCUGUUAUCUUUUAGCCUUAUACUUGCAUUUCUUGUCAAAUGUUAUUUCAGCUAACAUUACAGGCAACAGCCUUUCUAUUGUUUUCUGGCUAUUAAGUACUUCUGUUUGUAAUCCAGAUGUGUUAGUACUAUCCAAUUUAACUUGGAACUUCAAACACAGUUUUGUAAACUAUUAAUAAAAAUGUUUGAGUGGAAAUGAAUCACAUUUUUUCACUAAAGUCAAUGGAGCAUAUUUGCUGCUGUUUUGUCUGUAGUUAUAUGUUCUGAAGCAUGUAAAUAGUGCUGAACAGAUGCAGAGAAUUUCACUGAAGGUUUUCUCUAAGUGUCGGGAUGCAGGAUUGGGACCCUGAUGUUUCAGAGGACGAAGAGAGGGAGGGGUUCAUUUGGCCAGGGCCGUGUGAAGGAAACGCAGAGGAGGGGGAGGGAGUCUCAGAGAUAGAACUGUCUGGCAGAGAAGACUUUGAAGUUCCCACAGACACAUAUCCUUCCCAGGAGCUUCCCACACCCCCUCCCCCUUCGAGCUCAGAGCAGUUGGAGAAAGAGGGAGGGCAAGGGGGAAUCCAGCCUCCUCCUGACUCAGGGAAAAGCAAAGAGAAACAGCCCGACGAUUUAGGCCUGCCCCCCCGCUUUCCCCAAUACCUGAAUCAGAGCCCUCAGAAGGGGAGGGGGCACCUCCUUCACCACGUACCAGGAGACAGCAAAAGAGACAACAAAAGAAGAGGGAAAGGAGGGAAGUGGAUGAGAGCACUUUGAGGCGGAGUGAGAGAAUUCGCGCCCGAUUGCCCCCUUCUUAAGGGACAGGGGGAAUAAUGAUUCCUUGUUCUGUCAACUCUCUUUCAAGUCACAGGUUAUGUUUAGUAGUGAAACUUCAUGAGAAGGCGUAGUCUUUGUCUGGAUAUUACUUUAAUAAAAACUGAAUUGCUUUCA